UCUGGUAUAACUCGUAGGGAGUGAACGGCAACCCUCUUGGUCGUUGAACGGCAACUGAUUCAAGUGUUGUAGAACCAUUUGGGGCGUACCAUGUCGUUCCUACUUGCACUCUAGUUGACAGCUCAAAAACAUCCAAGUGUAUGCUCUUCAUCACACAAUUUGCUCUCAUCACUCUCGAACAUUCAAAUCCCCUAUUUCUUUAUAAAGUUUCGCAAUACGGAAAACCGAUCAUGUCCCGCUUGGUUUUCCAUUAAAAGCUAUUCCAACAAUGCGAAACCCACCCAUAAAAGACUCAACUUGAGCAUUAAAUAACUGAAACGCGUUCAAUUCCAAAACACUGUUAAAGAAUCAUUAAAGAAUCGCUUGUUGAUUGGAUUAGGAACUUCUGACUUGGUCCGAAACAGCUAGCCGCUAUAUGAGUUGGAAAGGUUUAGUUUUGUUGUUUGGAGGGCAGGAAGACCCAACUUGCUCUUUGUUUUUUUUCCUACGCUCGUUUCUUUAAAGCAGAACGGGCAAAAGAAGCAUUUUUCACAACAAUCCUUUUAUACAAAUAUAAUAUAGAGUUACACUGGGCAUUCUUUUCAUCGUUCUUCUUGUUCGCAAGCGACGCUCUCCAUCCUGUCUUGCCCGUUCGCUUGUCCGUCGUUUGGAAACUAUAACAAGCAAGAGGGCAGGCCCACCACGGCCCUACCACCAUGCUCAUUCGAUAUGAGCCAAAGCAAGCAUUCUCGACAUGUCUGCUAGCGCUCUUCUUCCUCAUACUCUCUGUCUCUGCUGCUCCCUCAAAAACCGUUGUAGUCAAGAACCGAGAUGUCGUUGCGGACAUGCCACGCUUGUAUGGAAUGAGCGAAGCCUUGCGGCAGCUCUUACCAAACGGUCAUGCAAACCUCACUGAAGGAAACGCUGACGGCUCCAUUAUAAUAUUGAAGAAAAACAUUAGCGAAGCGCAAGUGCGAGAACACUUUGACUGGCUCAAGAAAAGAUUUGACACAGUAAAUAAAGAGGCCAAGAAUGCAACAGUGUCAAAAAGGGCUGUUAAAAAUGAAGCUCGCCUCCACUGUCUGUUUGAAAUGGGUUAUGCUGGCCACUUUCCCGCUACCCUCCGCGACGCGCUUGCUAGUCGGCCUGAAGUUGCAAAGAUAGAGCCGGACUCUGUCUUGCGUAUUAGCCAGCAGCUUGCGGGCCAACUAAGCUGGGGGUUGGAUAGGUUAGAUCAACGGAAACUACCGUUGGACGGAAAGUACCUUGCGAGCGGCCCUCUUGGAUCGGGAGUCGACGUCUACGUGCUUGACUCUGGAAUCAAUAUCGCCCACCAGGAAUUCGGUGGUCGCGCGCGGUUUGGCGUCAGUUUUAGUGGGAGUGGCAACGAAGACGGAGUAGGACACGGAACCCAUGUUGCAGGCACCAUUGGGGGAAAAACUGUCGGCGUCGCCAGGAAUGUGAAUCUGGUUUCUGUAAAGGUUAUAGACAAUGAUGGAAGCGGGUCAGCUUCCAGCGUUAUCAUGGGAUUAGAAUGGGUUACUAGACAGGUAACCACCAGCCAAACACCAAGUAUCAUCAACAUGUCCAUAGGCGGUUCCCGCUCCACUGCGCUCGAUAUGGCCGUCUUGAACGCCGUAAAGGCGGGAAUUACCGUUGUGGCUGCAGCCGGAAAUGACAAUCAUGACGCAUGCCUCGAUUCACCCGCUAACCUCAUGCCUGUCAUCACUGUCGGCGCUUUGACCCAAAAUGACACCAAAGCAUCGUUCAGUAAUUAUGGCACCUGCGUUAAACUGUUUGCCCCCGGAGCGGCUAUUCGGUCGGCGUGGAAUCAAGGGCCCCAGAGUUAUCAAGUACUAGAUGGGACUUCAAUGGCAUCGCCUCAUGCAGCUGGAGCUGCAGCCGUGUGCUUGUCCCAGAACCCCGAGUUCACUCCCCUCCAAGUUCGAGACGCUCUCCUCAAAGGAUCAGAAAGUGGUGUCAUCGGGAACCUCGAUUCGACUUCGCCCAAUAAAUUAUUGAGUCUCGCGGGCAUGUUCGACACGGAUGAUUUUACGGGUAAUAUUCCCCAAGGCACACCAAAUACACCACCGGGCGGGGUCAAGCAGGGAGCAUCAACAGCCGCACCGUCACCAGCCAUGUCGACCAAGAAGAAGACGAGCGGUGCUCAACGUAGAAAGAGUGUUGGAUGGAGUAGUACGGCUCCACUGAUACUGGCAGUAGCUUGGGGUAGCUGGGCCCUUGCAUGAUUCAGUAAAGAGUUUUUAGUUGGUUCAUAUCUUUUUUCUCUCAAAGGUGCAUUGUAGAUAAUCAGCGCCCUCUGUAUAAAUGUAGGGCAGUUUAGUGACAUUUUGGUGGGACUCUUUUUUAGCUGUACAUAUUUUGUAGACGAGAUUAGAGUCAGCUGAAAUAACACUGACCGUGCAACGUGAAGCGUUGGUGUGUAUUCCCGC